UCUGUUUGAAGGCGAGACAGAUGGCCUUAGCCGCAAUCUCCAAUACCUCUGUUGUUCGUAAGCCCACAUCUGAACCUUACCUCUGCGUUCAUGCCCGGUCAAUCAGGCAUUAUACAACGCGAUGAGCGAUGGGCAUCCUUAAAGCGCCUCCGAGAACUGUUCUUUUUGCAUUGACCAUUGUCACCGACGUUGAUACUUUUACAAUGUCGAACGCGUCAGCUGCAAGCAUAUUGGCUCAGGAAGAAAUGGAUCUCUUACAGCAAUUGCGAGGACGACGAUACUUUCCGAAAUGUUCAACUGACAACUUUGCGAUCACUGUCACAGAAACACCAACAACUACUGUCGUCUCGCAGCUACCGCCCUCAUCUUCUUUGAGUACAUUGUGACUUUCUCCGAAGAGGUUCACGUCAUCUGGGGAGCCAGGUUCACCGCUGUCACGGUUAUUUUCGCCCUCAACCUCUAUACGCUGAUACUUGGUACAAGGCGUCAGUUUGGCGCUGAAUGUCA